AAAGCCAACAACACUCUCUAGCCUCCAGCAAGAGAGAGAGAGAGAGAGAGAGAGAGAGAGAGAGAGAGAGAGAGAGAGAGAGAGAGAGAGAGAGAGAGAGAGAGAGAGAGAGAGAGAGAGAGUUAAAAAAGCAGCAAAAUGCCUACUCGUGCCGAGAUCACCUACUUCGGCGCCGGCCCGGCCGCCCUGCCGACCGAUGUGCUCGAGACGGCCGCGCAGGCGCUCCUGGACUACAACGGCACGGGCCUGGGCAUCGCCGAGCACAGCCACCGCUCGGAGCUGGCCACCAGCAUCAUCAACGAGGCCAAGGCCGACCUCGCCAGCUACCUGGACAUCCCCGUCGCCGACUACGAGGUGGUCUUCAUGCAGGCCGGCGGGACCGGCGAGUUUGCGGCGUCCGUCUACAACCUGGUGGGCGCCUGGGUGGCCCGUCAACACGCCGCCGUCGUCCGGGAGCUCGGGGGAGCCGGCGCGGCCGACGACGCCGUGGUGGCUGCCCUACGCGCACGCGUCGAGCAGGACCUCAAGCUCGACUACGUUAUUACGGGCAGCUGGUCGCUGAAGGCCUACCAGGAAGCCGUGCGCCUGCUCGGGCCGGAGUACGUCAACGUCGCGGCCGACGCGCGCACCAUCAACGACGGCAAGUUCGGCAAGAUCCCCGACCAGAGCACCUGGAAGCUGAGCAAGGACGCCGCGCUGGUCUACUACUGCGACAACGAGACGGUCGACGGCGUCGAGUUUCCGGAGUUCCCGUCGGUGCUGGCGCCGAAGGCAGGCGCGGAGGGCGGCCCCGUCGUGGUGGCCGACAUGUCGAGCAACAUCCUGUCGAGGCGGGUGCCCAUCAGCAACUACUCGCUGCUCUUCUUUGGCGCGCAGAAGAACCUGGGCUGCACGGGCGUGACGGUCGCGGUUGUCAAGAAGAGCCUGCUGCCGCCGACGACGACGCAGCCGAGCCCGGCGCUGAUGCGGAAGCUGGGCCUGCCAAUCCCGCCGAUUAUGCUGCAGUAUGAGACGAUCGCCAAGAAUAACAGCUUGUACAACACGCUGAGCAUUUUUGAUGUGUACAUCGCCGGGCAGGUGCUCAAGAAGCUGCUACGGACCUUCCCGGACAAGGUGGAUGGCCAGCAGGCGGUAGCGGAGAAGAAGGCAAGCAUCCUCUAUGCCGCCCUCGAAGCGCACCCAGAGGUGUACCGGAUCGUGCCGGACAAGUCAGUGCGGUCGAGGAUGAACAUCUGCUUCCGUGUGACCAAGAAUGGCAACGUCGACGAGGCCGAGAAGGCCUUCCUCAAGGAGGCGACCAGCCAAGGGCUAACAGGCCUCAAGGGGCACCGCAGCGUUGGCGGGAUCCGGGCGAGCAACUACAACUCGAUCCCGCUCGAGGGGGCAGAGAGGCUGGCUAGAUUUAUUGAGGCGUUUGCCAAAGCGUAAGGUACCUAAGCCAUACCCUUUUGGCAGGACGGUACGAUACCGGCGGGCGAGAUGCCAUUCUCACAGCACAGGGAAAAGGACCUACAGUUUUUCAACAAAGCGGAUUUUGCAUAUACCACGAUUA